GCCCCCUGCUUUCUUUGCGAAUGUUGCGAGAUCAAGGCAAGCAGGACUUUGCAGGUAGGGAUUGCCCUGGGGGGGGUGGAGGAGGAGGAAGUUGGAGAGACACCCCCCCCCUCUUCAGAUUGUGUACCUGGCCGACCCCAGUAGAGUAGAACCGCGGGACUCCCCCGCCCUUCGCCAGGAAGGCAGCCGGGAGAGGAGCUCCGUCGAGAGGCCGGGCAAUCCAGGCUUUGCCGCAGGAGGGAACGAGGCCUUGCAAGCCUGGUGAGGGUCGUGUGGGCGCACCUUUCUCUGACCGCCCAGCAUGGCAAUGAGGGACCUGGUGGAGCCAGAGUGUGGGGGCUCCAAUCCUCUGAUGAAGCUGGCCAGCCACUUCACUCAGGACAAAGGCCUGCAACAGGAGGGGCUUCAGGGUCCCCAGCUUUGGCCUCCCACUGGUCCAGUGGCUGAGGUGGUGCCCAAACCUCUUGGAAGAGCCUCUGAAGAUGAGCUGGUGGCCGAGUUCCUUCAAGAGCAGAAUGGCCCCCUGCUUUCCCGGGCCCCACAAACAUUCAAGAUGGAUGAUCUAUUGGCUGAAAUGCAGGAAAUUGAGCAGUCCAGUUUCCGGCAGGCCCCACAGAGAGCUCCAGGGGUGGCGGCCCUGGCUUUGUCGGAGAACUGGGCACAAGAGUUCCUUGAUGUAACUGACAGUACUGUUGAUGUUUCAACGGAUUUUAAUGAAGCCGAUUGGUCCCAGGAGUUCAUUGCUGAGGUCACAGAUCCCUUGUCUGUGUCUCCUACCAAGUGGGCAGAAGAAUAUUUGGAGCAGUCGGCGGAGAAGUUGUGGCUGGGUGAAUCAGAAGAUCAAACACUGGCUGAUAAAUGGUAUGAGGAAUACCAGCCUGAAGAUGACCUUAAGAAAACUGCCAAUGAUUUUCUCUCAAAAGUAGAUGACCCCAAACUGAAUGACUCUGAGUUCUUAAAGUUUGUCCGUCAGAUUGGAGAUGGGAGGGUGUCCAUCGAGGCCAAUCGGGUGACCAUUACCCCCAGAGACCAGGAUCAGGCAGAACAAUGGGCAACUGAGUUUAUACAGCAGCAGAACACAUCUGAAGCCUGGGUAGAUCAGUUUGCACACUCUGGGGACACAUUGAGCUUGAAUACAGAGUUUGAGGAGGCCAAGACUGCUGUGGAGUCAGAUGUGGAUUUCUGGGAUAAGCUGCAAGCUGAGUGGGAGGAGAUGGCCAAGCGAGACGCCGAGGCCCAUCCUUGGCUGACAGACUACGAGGAUCUUGCCAGCUCCACUUAUGACAAGGGAUACCAAUUUGAAGAGGAAAAUCCCGUGCAGGAUCAUCCACAUGCUUUUCAGGAAGGGCUAAAGUGCCUGGAGGAGGGUGACCUCCCCAAUGCUGUCUUAUUCUUUGAAGCUGCUGUGCAGCAGAAUCCUGAUCACAUGGAGGCCUGGCAGUACCUGGGAACGACGCAAGCUGAGAAUGAGCAGGAGCUUGCAGCAAUCAGCGCACUCAGGCGGUGCCUGGAGUUGCAGCCUGGGAACCUCACUGCGCUCAUGGCUUUGGCAGUCAGUUUCACCAACGAAUCACUGCAGAAGCAGGCAUGCGAGACUCUGCGUGACUGGUUGCGCCACAAGCCGGCCUACAGUUACCUGGUGGAGAAGGAGCCUGAAGCAGAGAGCCCUGGCCCAGGCCUUGGGCCCUCCAAGCGUAUCCUGGGCUCCAUCUUAACUGACUCGCUCUUUGUGGAAGUAAAGGAGCUGUUCUUGGCGGCUGUACGUAGCAACACAUCUGCCAUGGACCCUGAUGUGCAGUGUGGCCUGGGAGUUCUCUUCAACCUGAGUGGCGAGUAUGAGAAGGCGGUGGAUUGCUUCACAGCUGCGCUGAAUGCACACCCAAAUGAUCAUCUUCUCUGGAACAAGCUAGGAGCCACCUUGGCCAAUGGAAACCGGAGUGAAGAAGCGGUGGCCGCUUACAGGCGUGCGCUGGAAUUGCAGCCAGGCUACAUCCGCUCCCGCUACAAUCUGGGCAUCAGCUGCAUCAACCUCGGGGCCCACAGGGAAGCUGUGGAGCACUUCCUAGAGGCCUUGCAGAUGCAGCAGAAGAGCCGGGGCCCCCGAGGCCACCAGGGUGCCAUGUCCGACAACAUCUGGAGUACCCUCCGUAUGGCGCUCUCCAUGCUGGGCCAGAGUGACCUUUAUGGGGCGGCUGAUGCCCGGGACCUUCCCACACUGCUACAGGCUUUUGGCAUUCAGCAGUGACUCUCGGAUGGGCUCCCCUGUGAGUGCAGGGUGGGCCCUCAUCAACUCUGAUCUUUUUCUUUCCUCCUCCCACCCAGCACACACACACGCACCUCAUUCAGGCAGUGUCCUCUUUCUCUCUCCCCCCCACGCCAAAAAAAAAAAAAAGUUUCAGAGAACCACACAUGCAUCCAUUUUCAGUCGUCUUCAGUUCAGGGCCAAUCACGCCCUCAUGUUUUGUGUUGGACCUACCACUGUAGAAUCGUAAUUUGUGUUCACGAGCAGUUAACUGGCUAGUGUUGCCUCUCUUAGUGUUCUAGAUUUGCUCUCUGCAGGGGAAGCAAAUCCGUUGAGCAGGAAAACGUUUAUACUUCUGCACUAAUGUUCAGUGGGCCCAACUUCAAAACAGCAAACUGCUUCUGUAGCGCCAUGCCUACUGUACAACUAGAAUGUUUUUGGGAUAGAGGAGAGAAACUAGAUACGUGUGCUAAUGUUGCACAGACUGAGUGGUACUGUCUUUGGCUUAUCGUUGUACAUGGGAAUUCUAUUUAAGAGAGUAUUUUUCAAAGGGAUGAAUCAUGGUGUGGAAUUCUGGACUCUCGGCUUCACAAGGUGCUGCCAACUUCAAGGUACAAUCCAAAAUGACUGGAAGUACCUCACUGAGCACCAGCACAACAUGUUUUCUACAGUGCUUGUUUCUUCCCACCCUAUCCAGGGAGGUGAGUGAAGGAGUAGCUCUCCAGUGCUAUAUGGAUGCAAGUAGGGAUGCAUCUGGGGUGGGUAGCAGAAAUGGGGUUUAAUUUGAAGCACUUCACAAGUUCAUGACAGGAUCUAUGUCUUCAUUAUCCUUCUGCCACUUCAUUAUUUUGUAAAGUAAAAGGGGACUGGUUAUCUCUGUGCAUACAGUUCUCCCCUUCUGUGUAAUUGGCUCUUUAAUUAUAAAUAUCUGUAUAUGAUUUUUGUUGAGAAAAUGUUUUUAAAUUGUAAAAUAUUUUGUAUAAUAGAAGGGAAAAGAAUUAAACCUGCCAAAUUA